GUUUUUUGCGGCAGCCUUUGCGAUGUGGACGUUGCCAUGGAGGAAGAGGAGUUGGUGGAAUUACUGCCGCCUGAGUUCACCAGAGGGGUUGUCCUAAUGGACUUUCAAUGUGCUGUUGUGCCAAAGGCCCUUUGCGGCGAGUUGCUGAAGCUCCUGGGCCCUCUGAGCGAAGACUUGAAGCACCUCAAGCGGGUGAGGCCAGAAGGAACAGAUUUGGCUGUGCUCCUGACAGAGACGCCUCGAGAAGAUGUCUUGCAGUUCUUGCAAAACCGAGAGAUUACGGCUGCCACCGUGCAAGUUCCGCGUUUUUGCCCUUUGACUGCUUCGCAGAUGGAGAGCUUCUCGAGGUAUUGGCCGGUGAAGAAAUUCGUCCCAUCCUUUCAGCCUUUAAAGCUCACCCAGGACCUGAAGGCCCACUUCGGGCAUCUCCGGCGCUUGGCCGAGGACGCUGGUGGCGACGCCGGUGGCUGUGCGAUGGCAGAUGCUAGUGGCCGCUUGUUGGUUGCGUGUGCGGCGUCCAAUGGGGUGCUCCAACAUCCAGCCAUGGUGGCCAUUGCCACAGUGGCAGAGGAUGCACGCAAAAGGUAUGCGGCACAGGGAAAACGCUCGAGAGAAGAGGAAGAUUAUCUUUGCCAAGAUUGCGAUGUGGUGCUUACACAUGAGCCGUGCAUCAUGUGUGCCAUGGCUUUGAUACACUCGAGGGUGCGAAGGAUUGCAUUUUGCAAUGAGAACACUGACUUCGGUGGUUUUGGAGGCCGAAUUGCCCUCGAACAAUGUCCGAACCUGAAUCAUCAUCCACGCAUCCUUCGCUGGAAAAUUACUAUCCAAUAA